UAACAAAACCUCAUUCAGAUUUCAGGAGCACAAUUCCCUCAAACAACUAAAAAAACAUUUUCUUCCAUCGCAAUUUCAAGCCGCUCUCGUGUUUCCCUGCUGUGCCUACUUUUGAAGAAUCUCUUAGUUGGUUGAUUCAAUUCCAUCCGUCUAAAACUCUCGGCGUUUUCUGUCGAUAAAUUUGCAUUGGUUAUUGUUCGUGCUGGGUCCGGAUUGAAACCCUAGCCGACUGAAGCCUGUUGAAGAAUCGCGAGUUCGUCAAGAGAAUUAGCUGAUACGAUUCUGUUUGGUGUUAUUUUGGUACAACUCUGUAUCGAUUCUGUUUGUAUUUCAAUAUUUUGAACUAGCCCUAUUAUAUUCUUGAUAACAGGGCCUCGUUGUUAUUAUUGUUCUUAAUUUCUUUUUCUAGGAAAAAGAAUUCAAUCAUGGCUGUGUAUUUCAAGUAUAAAAGUGCCAAAGUUUAUGAUUCAAUUCCAAUUCUUGAUCAAUUUAUUUCUGUUUGCAAUUUGAAAUUAAAAAUAUUUGAAUCCAAGCGUUUUGGUAGGGGUAAAGAUUUUGACCUUCUUAUCACCAACGCUCAAACUAACGAAGAUUAUGUAGAUCAAGACACUUUGAUUCCUAAAAAUACAAGUGUUUUGAUUCGUCGUGUUCCUGGUUUACCUCGCUUGCCCAUAGUAAUCCCAUGUCUUACAGACCAAGCCCAAGUGUGUGAGGAGAAUAAUACAGUAGUAAAAGGAGAGUCAAUUGCUACUAAUAAUUAUCAGGAUAUUGAUUACGAUGAUUUUGGGGAUGAUGUCUAUGCAAUUCCAAAAUUGAUCCCAAAUCAAUCAGGCAAUCCAGUGUUAAAUGCCCCCACUAGUAGUAUAAAUGAUGAGGAGACUAAGAUCAAGAAUUUAAUUGAUACUCCAGACGUAGGGCGGCACCUCCAUUACUCUAUCGGCUAUGGCUUUGGUCGAGGUGGAAUGGAAUGGAAGAAGCCACCACAGGGUUAUGUGUGUCAUCGAUGCAACAAGCCUGGCCAUUUCAUUCAGCACUGCCCUACGAAUGGUGACCCGAAUUAUGACAUCAAGAAAGUGAAGCCCCCAACAAAGUCCAAUGACGUUGCUUCUUCAAAGGAGGUUCAAGGUUUAUCUUCCUCUUCGUCUUCUUCUAAGCGUUCCUUCAGUAAUAUACCACCGGAGCUACAUUGCCCAUUGUGUAAAGGAUUAAUAAAAGAUGCAGUUAUAGCAAGCAAAUGUUGUUUUAGUAGUUUCUGCAACAAGUGUAUAAGGGAACAUAUUGUCUCUAACUCUAUUUGCGUAUGUGGGGCUAGAAAUAUACUUGCUGACACCCUCUUGCCUAAUAUGACUCUAAGAGAGACAAUAAACAGAAUCAACAAGUCUAAUAGCAGUAGUUCAGAGCAUGAAAUUAGUGCUCCUCGAGUUCAAGAUAUGGUGUCAGAACACAAUUCCCUCCCUAAAGUACCAGUUCCAUCAGAGUCUGCAGCUGUGAAGGUAGAGGUAUCAUCUGUAACUUCUCAAAAAGAAGAGACUUCUAUGGCUUUAAAGACUGCAGAAGAAUGUUCAGUAGCUGUUGGGGAGGCAGUAAAGAUGAAUAAAAGGAAGAAACCAAGCGUGCCUUUUGACGAUGCUGCUAUAAACAAGCGAUGGAGAGUUGCUCAAGAUCAUGUUGUUGCUGAGAAUUAUAUGUUGGCAAUGAAUGCUACUGCCUAUCAUCCUCAUUGGACAGGCAUGCAAUACCCGAGUUAUGGCCAUAGUCCCAUAGAUAUUCAGUUUGGCCAUCAUGUAUUACCAAGGGCGGCUCCAGCCCUAGGCCGAUAAAGCUCUUGGUUUAGACCCCAAAAAUUGAAUGCCCUAUAGCUAAUCAGAGAAAACAAAGAGUGGGAGUCUCUUGCAGCUGCCAAGAAUUGCAAACCUAGUGUCAUUCAAUUCAACAAUUUGUUUUUGCUGUCUUUUUUGAGUGUUUCUAGGCUUCUGGUUUUAUCCUGUAUUUUCAUAAAAAUCAUGUAUAACAGUCAUGAAGGUCUUCACUGUGCUCAAGGGCGAAGCUACACUCUUGUAAAGGUGGUCAAUUGACCAUCCUUUGUCGGAAAAUUAUACUGUAUAUAUAGGUAAAAUGUUAUAUUUUAGAAGUAUGUAACAUAUAUUGAACAUCCUUUGUCUUGGGAUUUUUUUUUA